GGGCUCAAAAGGCUUUAAUGUGGGGUUGCAAGUGCACCCCCAGAUAAAACAGAACCCAAACGCAGAUAUCAGAAAAGCUCAUUAAAGACAGAUGUGGUGUUUGGAGAGGAUUUAGCUUCCAUGGCUACUCUACAGCCCUCGCCCUGUGCUCCUUUGUGCAAGUUAGCCGUCAGGCGGCGUGAAAGAUGAUGUUGGCACAUGGAUCGUGUUUAGCCAAGGUUAUGGCCUGUAGUUUAGGAUGUACAUGUGAGACUGACUCGUCCGCCAGUAGCCACGUUUACUCUAGAGGAGCUUUGGAAACUAUUUUGAAACGGCAAUUCAACACAAAUAAAAAAAAAAAACAGGUGUUCAUUUUAAAUAGACUUAAGUCCAUUAUUGACUUAAAAUACCUGUUUUAUUUAAAUAGGGGAUCGAUCUAAAGUCUGUUGGGAAUAACUUCAAAUAAAAUAGCCUAGGUGUAUUUUAUUUUGUUCAUUCGGCAACUUUCUUUUAUCUAUGCAGGCUACCAUCUCAACGAGGUUUACAGUGGUCGAUACUCAUUAACAUCAGUGCUGUGCAGCCAGCGGGACGGGUUUUAGUGAAAGUUGUGGACCUCCCACUUAACUCCGCUCCCCUCGCUCCGGUCCCUGGCAAGGAGCGCCUCUCGGUCCAGACUCCAGACUCGCCCCAGCGACGCUCCCGGGACCACGCAGCGUCUCCCUCUAGGAACCCACUCAGGUCAAGGGUCUUGAGUGAAUUUGGGGCUUCCCCCGAGGGGCGUAGUGCAAGGACCCCCCACAGAGCGCAGACCCCCCGCAGGGCAGAGACCCCCCGCCGAGCAGAGACCCCCUACAGCGCGCAGACCCCCAGCCGAGCACGACGACAACCCAACACAACAUCUCAUCGCUCAGCGGGACCUGUUCUGUGUUUUCCUUCGGACCCCCCCCCCCCCACCGCUCCCCCCCCUCAGGCCGUCAUGGCACGCCACCGCGGAUACGGGCCGGCGCCGGUCACGAGCGCGCUCCUCCCGUGCACGCUCCUCCUCCUCCUCCUCCUCCUCCUCCUCUCGGCCCCGCCCCCGGCGCUCUGCCAGCCGGACUGCACCGGCGUGACCUGCCCCCCGCUGAGCCACUGCAUCCAGGAGGUGCUGGAGAGCGGCGCCUGCUGCCCGGCCUGCGUGCGCACGGGGUGCACGUGCGAGGGCUACCAGUACUACGACUGCCUCAACGCCGGCUUCCAGAACGGCAAGGUGCCCGAGGGCGACGCCUACUUCGUGGACUACGGCAGCACCGAGUGCUCCUGCCCCGAGGGCGGCGGGCGCAUCAGCUGCAGCUACAUCACCUGCCCCGACCUGCCGGCCAACUGCAUCCAGACCUCGGCUCCGGCCGACGCCUGCGCGCACUGCGAGCGCGUGGGCUGCGUGCACGGCGCCAGCGGGCAGAAGUACGACGCCGGCCACUCCUUCCACGUGGACGCCUGCGACGUGUGCCACUGCCCCAGCGGCGGCGGCGAGCUCAUGUGCUCGCCGGUCCCCGACUGCGACCCGCGGGACGCCCGUCUGCCCGCGGCGGCGGCGGCGGCGGCGGCAGCGCCCCCGCCACCGCCCACCGCGCGCAGCGGGAGGCGCGGACCCCCCGACGACCCCCGCGUCGCCGGCUUCGUGCAGCGCCGGGGGCACGGCGGCGGCGGCGGCGGUGGCGGCGGCGGCGGCGGCGGCGGCGGCCCGCAUGCUUAUCAACCCCUGGCUCUGAAGAAGAUUUCUCUAGAGGAGGAAGAGGAGCAGAUGGAGGCGGGGGACUACGACUACGAACCCGUCGGCGUCGGCGAGUUUGAGGACAGACCGGCGUCCCGCAGCACCCCCGCCCCUCGGUCGGGCCAGGGGUACGAGCGGAGGAACAAGCUGGAGCUCAGAGAGAGGCACGGCGUCCGGGACCACGGGGUCCCGGAGACGGGCCCCGGGGCGGCCGAGCGCGGCACCGUGAGAACCCCCGUCCGGCCCCACGCCACGACGCACGGCGGCGGCGGCGGGACCUCCCACGGGAACAACAUCCAACGCCUGCGCCCCCCCAACCCGCAGCACGCCACCCACAGCCAGCCGGACCCCCAGGCCAUCCUGGACGGCCCGGUCCCCGGCGAGAGCAUGACGGACCGCGCCGUCUUCUCCCUGCACACGCCGCCCGACGGGGGCAACCUCCCGCCCUUCUUCCAGAGCCGCGCCGAGACCCCGUCGGCCCGCGCGGCGGAAGACCCCCAAAGCGCGGACGCAGACGUCGCCCAGAGGCCGGCCCUCCCGCCGUACCCCCAGGAGGGGCCCUGGAGCGGACCCCCGGAGUUCCAGCCCGCCCCCGGGAACCAGAGCCCCUGGGUUCAUCACCCGAUGCCGGAGGCCAGGCAGCCGUCAGAGAGGCUGGGUGCGGGGGUCCGCCCGGAUCGGCCCCCCCACGCAGAGUCCACGCUACGCAGCCCGAGCAAGGCGCAGAGCGCGCCCGACUCGGAUUACCCCGACGAGUACGAGACCGGGUACGACGACAUGGAGGAAGAGGAGGAGGAGGAGGAAGAGGAGCUGGUGCGUGUCCAGGAGGGGAUGGAGGACAGGGAGGGAGCGUACCAGUUGAGAGGGAGCGACGUAGGGCCCGGGGAACGAGACAGGGUGCAUGAUGGGAAGGCACCAGUGGUGGAGGGGGAGGGGGGUGGUUUGUGGAGCAGCCAUGCCCAGCCCGAGAGCCCCCCCCUGGCCACAGACUUCGACCAGCACCUCCACCUGGAGACCACGGUGGAGCCCAUCACCACAGAGGCUCCCAGAGAGACUACGCCCCCCACUACCACCAUCACCACCACCACCACCACCAUCCCCACCACCACCACCACCAUCCCCACCACCACCAUCCCCACCACCACCAUCCCCACCACUACCACUGCAGCCACCACCAACACCCCCACCACCUCAACCAGUGCCACCACCACCACCACCACCCCUGCCACCACCACCACCACCACCACCACCCCCACCACCGUCCAACCAGGCACCACCAACACGCCCACAGGGGUCACCUCAGAGGGGCAUCAUGGGAGAACGCAGCCUCAGGCGCCCUUUGACCCCCCCGGCGAGGAUUUAGUGAGGGGGGAGGAGGCGGAGCGAGAGGAGGCGGAGGAGGAAGAGAGGGACAAUUCAACAGAAGCUGCAGGCCCCGGACCAGAUGCCUCCGCUGGGCUGAUGCUGCGGGACUGCUGCACCGUGGGCCAGAGAUGGGCGUCAGAGCACCAGCGCUGCAGCAACAUGCCUCUGCUCUCCAGCGACACACACUCCAUAUGCAGCGUGGCCCAGCAGCAGUGCUGCCUCAGCGCUCUGAAGGCGGGUCGCUGUGUGUCCGGUGUGGCCUCGGCCCGGGCGGGAGAUCGCUGCUCUGUGGAGGGCUCUGUGGAGGGCUCUGUGGAGGGCUCUGUGGAGGGCUCUGUGGACCGGUGCGCUGGCGACUCCCACCAGGUGUGCUGCAGCUGCUGCACCCUGGGUCUCCAGGUGCGGCGCGAGGGGCUGGGCUGCGACGGCCAGCAGUACCUGGGCUACCCCUGCGGACACAUCUUCCUCACCUGCUGUGAGGAAGAGGAGGGCGGACCGGGCCAGGGUCCGCUGAGGAGGUCGGAGAGACCCCUGCCCAGCGCGACGCCCAGGGAAGGUAAACUACCAGACCACCCACCAUCCAUCACUCUGUCUUAGUAGUUUGGAGGGUCU